AUGGGCUUCAUUGCCUUCCUGAAGACCCAGUUCAUAGUUCACCUCCUCAUUGGGUUCGUCUUUGUUGUCAGUGGACUGAUCAUUAACUUCAUUCAGCUAUGCACUCUGCUCCUCUGGCCCAUCAACAAGCAGCUUUAUCGCAGAGUAAACUGUCGCCUUGCCUAUUCCCUUUGGAGCCAGUUGGUAAUGCUGCUGGAAUGGUGGUCAGGCACAGAGUGCACCCUGUUCUCAGACGAGGCCACGGUGAAAACCUUUGGGAAGGAACAUGUCAUCAUCAUCCUGAAUCACAACUUUGAGAUCGACUUCCUGUGUGGCUGGACGAUGACGGAGCGCUUUGGAGUGCUGGGGAGUUCCAAAGUUCUUGCUAAGAGAGAGCUGCUAUAUGUGCCCCUAAUUGGCUGGACGUGGUACUUCCUUGAGAUUGUUUUCUGCAAAAGGAAAUGGGAAGAGGACAGAGAUACAGUUAUUGAGGGAUUGAAACGUUUGUCUGAUUAUCCUGAAUACAUGUGGUUUCUGCUGUACUGUGAAGGAACUCGUUUCACAGAGACCAAGCACCGCAUCAGUAUGGAAGUAGCUGAAUCCAAGGGGUUGCCUAAACUGAAAUACCACCUGUUGCCCAGAACCAAAGGUUUCACCACUGCUGUCCAGUGUCUCAGGGGAACAGUUUCAGCAGUGUAUGAUGUAACACUAAAUUUCAGAGGAAACAAGAACCCAUCUUUAUUAGGAAUUCUUUAUGGAAAGAAAUAUGAAGCAGAUAUGUGUGUAAGGAGAUUUCCUCUGGAAGAUAUCCCUCAAGAUGAAAAGGAAGCUGCAAAUUGGCUUCAUAAGCUUUACCAGGAAAAGGAUGCUUUGCAAGAGAUGUAUAAUCAGGAAGGUAUAUUUCCUGGGAAGCAAUUUAAACCUCCUAGGAGACCAUGGACUCUCCUAAACUUUCUUUUUUGGGCCACAGUUCUCCUCUCUCCUCUCUUCACAUUUGGCUUUGGAGUUUUUGCAAGUGGAUCACCUCUCCUUAUCCUUGCAUUCCUGGGACUUGUAGGAGCAGCUUCCUUUGGAGUUCGUAGACUGAUAGGAGUAACUGAAAUAGAAAAAGGCUCCAGCUAUGGCAACCAGGAAUUCAAGAAAAAGGAAUAA